UGAUCCUCUAUCAACAAUGUUAUCCGAUAUUGAAAACAUAUGAUUCCUGCUGAUAUGUAGACUUUAAGCAUCAUGGCGAGUCUGGCAGAUGUUUUCACUGAGAAAGAAAGGACGAACUGGCUGAAGGCUUGGCUGGCAGUAGAUAUUGCAAAGUCUGGCUUAGAACAGUUCGCAGAAAACGAGGCAAAAUCUGUACACAUUAAUAUAUACAAUAAUGUCUUAUCAAGUGUUCCGGCGCCUGCUGUAUGCAAUCUCUGUAACACAGCAAACUUGUUGCAAUGCCCUACACAAGGGAUAUGCAAUAAACGAGGCGCAAAGAGCGCAUGUACGGCUAUGCAUGAUACCGCGGCAAAACAACCACGACCGUGUCCUGAUAACGUGUGCAAUAAAGUUCUUAACGAAAUUGAAAAACAACACAAAUAUGCGAUUCCUUCAUGGAAGAAUACCACGGCGACCCUAUGGGCAUCAACUCCUUGGCAAAUUGCCAAGGCGUAUUUACCUCCGGACGGAUAUUCUGGAAAAAGUUCAAUACAAGAUACAGACUUUAACGGAAUCAUCAGUUUUAUGAUGAACUGUAAACAUUUCAACACCAAGUUUUCGUUCCCAAUAGCUGCAGGAAAGAACAGUCCUCCCUGUCUUCUGACAAAGGCACGUGACAUUGGCAGGAUUGUUCGUCACUCGUCUCAGUGUAAACUCACAGACGCAGAUCUCCAGGAUAUCUUCAAAACACUGACUAACCUGCUGUCUGACCCAACGUGUCUAGCACAAGACGUCGCAUCACAGGAAGCUGUAAAGAAAUUAGCAAAGCUGCAAAACGACGGAUUGAAGAUAACUACCGAGGAAAUGAUUCAUUUACUACUUGCUGUUGAUGAGAAACUUAAGACAGUUGACACUAUAGCUGAGAAGACUCUUGCCGAGAUACGGAUACACACGGACAAAUGUAAACGAGAACUUGAUGAACACACUGAAAGACGUAAAUUGGCACUUGAUCGUGAAAGAGACUACGAGCAAUCCUGUGAAGAUUUUCUAGGACGAUUGAAAGAAUACUACAAGAAAAGAAUGAAAAUGCUACCUGUUUCGCCAAUGUGGCAUGGUCGUGAGAAACCGAUUACGGAUAUAUUUGUACCGAUACAAUUUCACCGUGUCUCAAUCGAGAAAAACGGAUCUCGAAGAGAUACGGAACAAAAGGUAGAAACAUACAAGGACAUGUUUUACACAAAUAACGCAUUGAACGACCGAGUAUCCAUACAAGGAGAUCCUGGAAUGGGCAAGACUACGUUUCUUGCUAAAUUGGUCAAUGACUGGUGCGAUUCAGACUCAAAAAAUCCGGAGCCCAGCUCUAAAUUCAGUGAUGUAGAAACAUUGCAAAAUUUCCGAUUUUUAUUCCACAUAAAACUUCGAGAUUCAUUUGGGCAAAGAAAAGUAGUAGACAUGAUCAAAACACAAAUUAUUGAUGAAAUUUACAUUAAUGAAAAACAACAGAGGGAGGCAUACGAUGUACUUGGAAGCAUCUUGGAAAGGGAGACCUGCCUUGUAACAAUGGAUGGGUUAAACGAAUGGACCGAUCACACAAAUGGAAACCCUAUACCAAAAAUGUAUACUUUGUCCCAGCAAUGUGUUGUCUUAACAACUUCACGGCCCUGGAAAAUGGCUGAUAAGCGUAUCCUAGAUUCUGAAAUCGGCACACUAAUAGAAGCGGUUGGAAUAACUGACACCCAACAGCUUAUGAAAAAUAUGCUGCGGUCUCUGACGGAAGACGAUCAAGAGUCAUAUAAAGAAUGUUUGGCCUACGUAGAGGAACGUAAUUUAAAACAUUUUCUGGCGUCUCCUUGGAUGCUUACACUCCUAGUAAAUCUAUGGGUGGACAAAACGUUUUUAAGUGGAUCAUUAUGCGAAAUAAAUAAAAUUCUGAUAUACACCCUUUUCAACAAGGAGUUACCAAAUGAGGUAUUAACAGAACUAAUUCCAUCGGAGAAAGACGUUUUUGAGAAUCACACAGAGAUUUGUAAAGCACUAGCAAGGAUGGCAUUUCAUUACACGCUUGGUUCCAAAAGGUCACUUGUUUUCAGCAAAGAUGAACUGUUAGGUACUAAAAUUUUGUCAAAUGAGCAACUCAAGUUUGCCAUUAAAUCGGGGGUUUUGAAUGAACGGCAUUGCUUCUCAGCGGCAUCAUGCAAACCACAAGUUUCAUUUGUACAUGAAACGAUUCAGGAAUUCUUCGCUGCUUCUCAUAUCGCUAAUUUUUCGGAGGACAAAAUUACGGAUGUGUUUAGCAAAAGAAAUUAUAAUGUGCUAGAAAUCAGUCAGGUAAUUAUUUAUCUCAGUGGAUUAAAGUGUGAGAUAGCUAAUAAAGUAAUAAACCAUUUGACAGAAGACCUCUUAAACACCGUAAAUAAAGGACUUGGGUAUUUAUUUAUAGGAUCAUAUAACACAAAAACGACCUUAACAUUUCGAGAAACCGUCGAUAAUACGAACACGAAAUUGAAUUCAAAAAUCGGUAUUAACUUGUCGUCCGACAUGCGUUGUCUGGUUAUAUCUAUGCUAUUGCAGGAGAUGAUGAUUAGCUGUUAUCACGAGGCUAAAGUCAGCAGACAAAAACAUAUUUGUCUAAAGAUGAGAGAUUUCACAUUUCAUGCAUAUUUAAACAAGAACACAAACGAUGAUUUAUUGGAUAUUUUAAUGAUGAACAAGUCCAAUGUACGCACACUCUUGUUAGAACGAAAUGUUCUUCCAGAAAAUAAUAUACUCACAUGCCUUCAACAGUCAAAACAUUGUAUUGAGCGCUUGAAGACGUCAGUAACUCGGGGUAUUAUAUCAGCAUUACAUAAUCUUAACUUAAAACAGUUGACUUUAAUCGGAAAUAAGGAUGUGUCAUUGUUUACCGGGCUGCUGCCAUCCCUGGGUAACCUAAGGUUUUUGCGGAUAGAAGAAUCUGAUUUUUACGAAGAUAUGUUUCCGCUAUCCGAUAUAGAAUAUUUAUGUUUACUUAAAAGUAGAUGUUCUGUUGAGUUUGUUGUGCGGCUACUUUUGCAAUUGUCCCAAAUAAACCAUCUUGUCCGUUGUAAUCUGGGCGAAGUAUAUACAACAGAAAAAUCUGAUUUCUAUAUAGCCAAGCUGCGACCGCGCAUUGUAUCAUGCGACAUGUCUAAAGUCCAUCUAUGCCUUGGGGAGGGCUUUUUUGUGACAACUGGCAGUAAGGAACUGUUUGAAAUAUUACGUGAUACAGUGAUAAAUAUAGGGAUCCUAGACCUGAGAACGGCUGAUAGUGCCUCGUUAGCAUCCGAGAUUCUUCACACGCUCAACAAGCUAACAACGCUUUACUUGUGGGGGACCUAUACUGGUCGUUGUGAUCUCAAGAUGCCUGCUUCAUUGCAGUGUAUUAGUCUGCAGAGUGUCGAGUGUUCAUCUGAGUGGCUGUGCAGCUUGUGGAUCACGCUGUCUUCAUUAGAUCAUCAGGUCGAGUGUGAGCUGUGCGAUGUUGUAUUGAAGUCAAAUGAAGAAGCCCGUGGAAACGAAUCACAUUCAUAUUUAUUAGACUUGCGAUCUGAAUUACUGGCACAUGACAUGUCCAAUAUUGAGAUAUUUGUGAAAUCUGGCAGUAAGGAACAGUUUGAAAUAUUACGUGAUACAAGUAUAGGGAUCCUUAACCUGCCAACGGCUGAUAGUGCCUCGUUAGCAUCCGAGAUUCUUCACACGCUCAACAAGCUAACAAAGCUUUAUUUGAGGGGGACCUAUACGGGUCGUUGUGAUCUCAAGAUGCCUGCUUCAUUGCAGUGUAUUAGUCUGCAGAGUGUCGAAUGUUCAUCUGAGUGGCUGUGCAGCUUGUGGAUCACGCUGUGUUCAUUAGAUCAUCAGGUCGAGUGUGAGCUGUGGGAUGUUGUAUUGAAGUCAAAUGAAGAAGCCCGUGGAAACGAAUCACAUUCAUAUUUAUUAGACAUGCGAUCUGAAUUACUGGCACAUGACAUGUCCAAUAUUGAGAUAUUUGUGAAAACUGGCAGUAAGAAACUGUUUGAAAUAUUACGUGAUGCAAGUAUAGGGAUCCUUAACCUGAAAACGGCUGAUUGUGCAUCAUUAGCAUCCGAGAUUCUUCACACGCUCAACAAGCUAACAAAGCUUUAUUUGUGGGGGACCUAUACGGGUCGAUGUGAUCUCAAGCUGCCUGCUUCAUUGCAGUGUAUUCGUCUGCAGAGUGUCGAAUGUUCAUCUGAGUGGCUAUGUAGCUUUUUGAUCACGCUGUCGGAAGUACACCAUCAAGUUGAGUGUACAAUGUUUAAUUUUCUUGUAAAAACAAGUGAUACUGAAAGUGGGAUCGAGACAGAUAGUACUGUUAUUCGUAGUGAAUUGUUGUCAUGUGACUUAUCUCAUGUUAAGCUUAACGUUGAGCACAAUAGUAGAGUGCCUUUUGAACUUAUUCGUAGUACGAAUAUAGAUUCUCUGUUGCUCACAGCUAAUGACGAUGCGUCCCUGGAUGUGGUGACACAAAGCUCCUUAACCAUGCUUAAAGAAAUUUGUUUCAAGGGAAUUCACAUGACACGUUUUGAUCACAAAUUACCAUUUACUCUGCAAUUUAUGAUUUUAUGUGAUGGAUAUUGUUCACCAGAUUGGUUGAAAAGUUUGAUGAUACACCUGUCUACAUUAGGCCAUACUGUCCGUUUGUACUUGUAUGAAUAUGCUCUGGUAUCGAGUGGUGAGUCAAAUGCCAUGGCUUUGGAACCGCCUAUUUUGAAAUGUGAAGAUUUUUCGAAUGUUAAAUUGGAGUUAAUGAAGGACUCCCCUGGACUGUAUGAAACAUCACCCACAAUUAAUAUUACCAGUCUGAAUAUGACGCAAAUCGAACGUCCCGACAUUCUGUCACAGACACUGCCUCUACUCACCCACUUGCAGCAGCUAAGGAUGUGUUUAAAACAAUAUACGGUGAUGAAACUACCAGCAUCUAUAAAAUAUGUGUUUAUAAUUUACACAACAUUUUCCCCUUCAUCGUUACAACAUUUCGUGCAGGACAUGUAUACCGCACAACAUAACGUACAAUGUAAAUUGCUGUUCCGUGUUGAAGGGAAUGAAGAUGAUUAUACGAGAAUUAAACACGAAGUACGUAAACUGGAGUCAGUAGAAAUGCAAAAGUUUGAAGUUGUAGACAAACGACAUUUUCGGGGGGCUGUUGCUGCUGCUGCUACUCUUUCUGCUACCGCUGACGAGGCUGAUGACGAUUUUGAUAAGCAUUUACUACGGAGAGAGGGAUAUGUUGAUUCUCGAACGUGGUUGCACUAUUGUAAAAUUCGACUCAAAUGUGAAUUUAGAUAACAUUUAUUCCGCUCGAUUAACUCGUGCUUCUUUAAUAUUAUUUUGUCCGUCUGUGUAUAUAACCGAUUUCAUGAAAUAUAAUAGGGAUUCUUAUCUUACAACUUAUGCCUAAAUGUUGAGUUAUCGCAUUAACUGAUUUUAUGCAAAUAGAAUCAAUAUGUUCUCAGAGAUAUAUAAUUUAAAAGUUUCUGUGUUAUCUCUCUUUGAAUAACGCAUAUUCUAUACAUUAAGGUAUAUAUUUAUAUUUAAUAA